AUGCCGAAUCUGGAGAAGUCCAGCAACACCGUGCAUACUGUUGCAGAAGAUCAAGGUUACACGAAUGAUUUGUCCGAUCUGAUACAUUACACCCCUGACAUGGAUAUUUUGCCUAAAAGUUCCAACGAGGAAGCACAGGAGCAAAUAACAUCUGAGCGAAGCGAUGAAAUCAUCAUGGUUGACGACAUUAUGCCGAAUGUUUCUCCCUCCCAUCAAACCGAUCGGCAUUUUACACUUGGUCCUCCGCUGGAAUCAUUUAGCCCUAUACAAUACGGGCUGACAGAGGCAGUUGAGCAACAACGCGACUGCCAAAUAGGUGAAUUGAGGGGCGUGUUAGCCAACCCUGAAGACCAGUUGUCAAGCCUUGCACAAAACGGAAUCAGCGAUCUAUUAGAAGCUGAAGAAAGUGUUGGAGACACUGCGGAAGAAUGCAGUAUAAUUGACUUAGUGUGCAACGAAAAUAGGAUCCAUGACAUUGUUCCAUUUACCGAAGCAGGUGAUAUGAAAUCCGACGUUUCUACAUCUUCACUUGGGCAUUUGGAGAUUAACAUGGGGGAAUGCAACGAGCCGCAUGGUAUUGACCCUAGCGGAUAUAUUGCAUAUAACAAGGAAGCUGUGCUGAAAUGUAUGCUGUUGCCGGAGGACAUGAUGAAGGGUACUGAUAAGCCCGAAGAAGUGCAACCCGAUAACGAUCCGGAAAAUCCUUUGGCUACACCUCUGCCUCCGAUGUUGACUGCAGAAUGUAUUGAGAUUAAGACGCCUGUAUCAAAUGCUGAUGUCGAUAGACAGAACACUUCGAAUAACCCCCUUGAACUGCAAGCCUUCCAUGGCACGCAGCAGAGGGUUAGCUCAUCUAUAAGGGAUGAAACACCGAGUACUGCCCUUCAGUCGACCAAUGCGCAACCGGCUGUUCAGAGUUCCAUCCCACCCGGUGAUUCGGGAUCUUUAGUAAUGUGCGAGCGGUUGGGAAGCGAAUACGUCACCAUGACAUACCUAAAAGAUGGAAGGGAUAUUGAUCUCAGUGGAAAAGACCCCACCAAUGACUAUAAGACGGCAGUUGACGAUGGAUACGAUUUAAAUAAAGCGCAUGAAGACCAGGUUACCAUAGAAAUAAUGCCAAACGAUGGGCCGCAAUCUGCACAACUGACCGAGGUCACAAGGUCAUUCACGGAAACAGUGAAAUACAUGAGAUACCGAGAGGCCCUCAGAUACCAUAAAAAGGAUAAGAGAGUAGUUUCAAAGCUGGAGUCUACACUGUCUUUGUGUUUCUUCGUGUUACUGCUUGGUGUGGCAAAUCGAUUGGAUGGCCCUAUAAGUGGUGCAUUUCCAGCCACCACUACGUAUAUACUAAAACCCGCAAUGUAUGCUUCUGACGGUGCUUCAAAUCCUAUAUUAUUGCCCAUUUCACUGCUAAUGGCAUUGGUAACGCAAGCAAAUUUAUGGUUGUUUGGUACGGGUGGCAUGCACGACGGGGUGUUGUCUAGCACACUAGUGUUUUUCAUAUGCUAUGUUAUUACGUUUACAUGUAAUAUAAUUAGCGCUUACAAUGUACAUAACAUUAAGAAUAGUUCGGUUAUAUUCUUCUUAUCCCUGAUCAAUCUAAACAAUCGGAUUUGUGUCCGCAAUGCGUAUUUCGAAAACAUCUUGUCUGUUAUGUAUGUACUUUUCCUUCUGGGACUCAACAUAUGGAUACUGUUCAAUAAGUUCAUCAUGCCAUUCUGCAUCGCUAAAAUGUUUACCGGUGAUGCGGAAAGGCUUAGUGUAACAUCAAUUAAGCCUUGCCUAGUGGCACUACCAAAGGAUUCCACCAAGGCAGAGGCGUAUGAAACGUCAGCGAAUGGUUACAUAGUGGAAAUACAAUAUGACGGAGAACGGUCCAUGCUGCGGAGAAUUUUAGGUCACCUUAUACGCAAUCGUCUAAUGCAAGAACGCCCGUCGACGAAAGUAUACCAGUUUGUUGGUCAACUCAAUGACAGGUUCAAACCACACGGAUACGGUUCGUGGCAAAGUAACGUAUCAUCUGGCGAAGUGUUGAUCGGUUACUGGGAAAACGGGCUGCCACUUGGGCCGUUCAACAGUAGAGUGAUGGAAAACGACGCAACGUUCAGUAACAUGCUGUUGGGGUGGACUAAAUGCCUCGUGGGAGGGGGUUUAGGUAUGGGUAUUGCGUCCGUUGAAACGUGUACCAACGAUCCCCGCUAUGGCUCCGUUUGUACAGUGAUGAAGUACAGGGCCGAAUUUUUCGAUUGCGACAACAUAAGACCAGGUCUUAUGAAGCAUACGGGCACCCAUAAAUUCAAGGCAUCAGAUGAAAACAUUAACAACCUGAAAAGCGAUGAAUUCGUUCUCAGAUUAUUCCAGAUGACACACAACUUCGUGAGAUACGAUUUCAGGCAAUGCGACGCUUACAUCCAUGAUACCAAGCGUAAGAAUUCUGUAAUGGGCAAAAUCAAAGAUAUUUUGGGGGAUAUUCUGCUCCAAAAGCCGGGUACAAGGCAUAUGGCAGCUGUAAUGAAGUGCAUAUUGGAGGGGUUGCAAUGGAACAUGCCUUACUUCGGUCUGUAUGAUGAAGUCACCGCUGUGUCUGAUGAUGACGCACAUGCAUCUGCGUGCGGAUGCGCAGAUAGCGGCGUGGCUUUUAACAGCCCUACUGAUACAUUGGAUGAUAUGGGAUCACGAAAUUCAUUGGGAGCAGACUAUAUCCACGGUGUUACAGAGCACAGCGCCCCCCUUCCCAUAGUUUUAGGCUGCACGAUGGAUGUGGAAGUGGCAGUCAGCAGAUCGAAAAUAUAUGAGGCUUAUCAUGCGCCCGAAGUAUGUAUUUUUAUACAUGGUUCGAGUGUUUCAACUGAAAAAGAACUCCAAAAUGUGGUGAACAUUUUCACCCGUGGGAAAUACCCUCCGCAUAUCAAACCCAUUACUUUUGGGUGGCCGAGUUUCUCAAAAAUAGGCGAAACAAAAACGCAAAACUACUCAAGCACCAUCUCUAGAUGCAGGGAAAUCUUUGAAAACUUCUUAAGGUCUCUAGUAAACAACGGGGUUAGACAUGCACAUGUCAUUGUUGAUUCUACAGGUGCCUCUCUAUUCCUGGAAACAUUUGCUCUGAUGACACAAGUGACUGACGUCCCACCCAUAUUUCAUGAUGUAGGUGGCCAACCGGAAGCGAGUUCCAACCAGAUAACCCUACUUUCUGUCACCAUGAUGUUCCCCGAAUACAACUUAAAAAGAUUCGUCUCAGCUAUAUACAAGACUCUUCGAUCCUACUGCGAUAUAAUUACUAUCUUCGGAAAACAUAAAAAUAUCAGGCGAUUUGGUUUUCCCCUCCCAAAAGAUAAGCGAAAGUUGGCCCAUAGCAUAUUCUACCUGUUCUGCGAGAGUAGGAACGGAACCGAAUCGAGCCAAAUGAACAGCAGCCCAUGUAAAACGUUUGGCCCAAUUGCCUUACCUAGAAUGCAUUACGGCGAUGGUAAUGAUAUGCAGAGUGAACCGUGUGCGACGGUAUGGCUGGAUGUGGAUUGCAUCGACGUCACGUGGCUGCCGGCACUCCAACCCUUCGGCGAACAUGAAAGAACGUGGCAUGAUUGCAGGGAGAUUUGUGCGGAUCUAAGGGAACUUAUUGUAUGUCGCAAGCGCGCCAAGGACAGGAACGCAAAACUAGACAGGAUAGGAGCGAACGUCUGGAUUUACAAUGGAUCGGCUUGA